ACGGAAACUUCACUAGUGGUUGUUAGAAUUUGGUAGUUCAGUACUCAAUCCAAAUCCAAUCAACGGAGCUCUAUCCACCGCGACUUGAUCUACGACGGAUAUCUCAGUUUAUCAUCAUUCACAUUACAUUUGGCUGGCCUUCAGUCUCUAUUCACACACACUUUGCAGUCAUGGGACGCUUGCAUUGGAGCUUGGCUAUGAUGGUUUUGCUGACGGUGGCUGGGCUGACCAUUGCCGCCGCCGCCGCCGAGACCCAGAACCAAGCAUUGGCUAAUAGCAACAACAAGCAGCAACAGCAGCAGAGCAGCGUGAAUGAGCGGAGAGGGACGCGCAACCUGCUGCUCGACACUGAACUGGCCGCGCAGGGCAACGUGUCGGACACGAACAACCCGUACCGCUGCAAGUGCACAUGCCCAAACAACACGACCAUUGCCGAAGUCGCAACCGAGGCAGACUGCGAUUGCGACCAAUUGCUGCACCGUGCGGAUUGCAUGGCCUGCUCGUGCGUUUACCAAGCCCGCAACGACGGCAUGAUUCAGGCCAUGGUUUACAUUUUCAUGACCAUUCUCUGCAUUUUGUGUUUGCUUGUCGCUCUCACUCCCGUCGCCAAGUGGUACAUGAUGGGUCGCAACUCGAGGUACUUUUCCUCCCGAGGAAUACCCCAAACACAUCACCUCGACACUUUCUGGGAAACCCUCCUAUCCAAGCCGAACAAGUGAUUUCAUUGUUGUUGGCAGUGUCGACUUUUUCGAUGUUGUCAUGCAUCUGCAGCUGCGACUUGUGUCCUUGUGUAAUUUUGUCAAAAUGUAAAUGUUGAUACAAAAAAAGCCAAUGAAGAUAG